UCUACUCGUAAAUACAAUUCCAUUACUAUUGAUUUUCCGUAUAUACGGUCCUUAUAACCUCCAUUUGAAUGAGUUUCAGAUACGGCGCAUACGGCAGAUCCUCUAUUGUCAAUACAUCAAUAGAAUUGAGUACUUAUUAACCUUUGCAUCGCGACGUCGCAUACACAACAACUCUUGGUACCUACGUCGUAUUUAAGUCCAUGCAGAUCAUCGGAUUCUUUAAUUGUUUUGCGACCUUUCGCAUACUCAACAGCAUCUCUCUACCUUCUAUCGCAUCAUAACCAUGGCACCACAAGAUCCCCCUCUUGAUGAGAUACAAUGGAGCCAUCCAACGUGGCUUGCUGGGAAUUCAGGCCUUCAUGAAAAUACCGUUCUUCAUUACUUUGCGCAGUCGCCAUUUUUUGAUCCGACCUCAAAUAAUGCGAUCCUCACGAUACAAGCUUCGCUCAAUCCAAAUAUGAUGUACAUCCUUGCCACUCGUAGUGCUUUUGAGAGCCGACUCAAAACUAUGUCUGGACUGGAAUUUUUAGUUGCACAAGAACCUGCAGAGAUGGCACCGGGUACUGGCACUGGAGUAUGGGUAAUUAGCAAGCAAACGAGAAGAAAGCGAGCUCAAGACGACGAUGAAAUUACAAAGCAUGCAUCGUAUUUUGUAGUGGGAGAAAACAUUUACAUGGCUCCUACUGUCGCAGAUGUACUGGGCAGUAGAAUGUUAUCAAUCUUCACCUCACUCACAAAUGCCAUUUCGAAAGCAUCCGAAUUACCCAAUUUUUCUCCCUCGCUCGGUCAUACAUAUAUGCCACCAGUUCCACCACGAACAAAAACCAUUGCAUCAGCCUUCUCUCAGGCUUCCAAAGAGAAUACACCAUUGCCCGAUUCCCUUGCGACUGAAGCCAAGAAUCCCUCCACGAAUAUCUCCAACAACGUACUCGCAAAUCAUCUUCUCGAAGAAACUCUUAACAUAUCGCUCAGAUAUGGUGAUGAAUAUAUGGAUGAGAAUCCUAUUACCGGAACUCCAGGUGAUUUUCAUUUUAGUACAACCGGUCGGAAGGAAAAAGAAAAGCUUAUGGUACCACCAACAUCAAAACCAGCAGGUUUUGGUCUGAGUGGUAAACCAGCACCUCCUACUCCAUUGAAAACAGAUUUGGGCAUGCCAAAGAAAGGAAAUAAGGGAGAGAAGAGCCCUAGAACUCCAGGAUCGGGAAAACCUAAAAGAAGAAAGAGUAAAGUGAUGAAUGGAGGGGUGAGUCCUACAUAGAAUAGACAAAGGUUUCAAAUACGGACCUGUUGUAGAGUAUAUCGCCUACACAUAAGGGUUUCAAGGCGUUACGGAGGAUAUACCAAUACCGUACAAAGUUAAGAGAAUCGGUCAAAUUCACAUAAUAACGAUACAAUGAAGAAAUAAUCACAUCAUACAUAUCGUGUCUACUCCCAUUCAUAACCACCAACCUAACCUAAAUGCAAAGCACCCACAACUACAACUCUCACGCAUCCUCCCAACCAAACUAAAAAUCACGACGUGCAACAAAACGUUUCAUUUUCUGUUAAUUAAUGCAAGUAUCUGCUGAGCGAAGACCAAGUGUAGUUUAGAAGGAAUUAGCAUGCUUACAAGUGUGCAGCUAUAGCCAGUUUACCCUGUCUAGUUGGUUUAGGGUGGUGUUGUGUGGAAGCUAAGUUGGCUGUGGUGUUGGGAUUACUGGUGAGGCUUUAUGCGCAUGAAAUUGUGUGGAAGGCAUGGAUUGGGGCAUGGAUAUAUAAAGGGCAGGAUGCUGAAAGCUAAAGUUGAAGCUAAUGUGGGAGGAAACCGAUGCUUCGAUGUUGUUGAUAAGGCUAGCAAGCAUAGGAAAGGAGAUAUGGGAUGACUCGAGGGAUUGGAGGGAAAGGGUGGGGGAUGAAUCGUGUUGAGUUACCUUUCGUUGGGGUUACGAGAGUACAGUUUUAUAUUUAAGUUACCGUUGUCUUGAUUUUUGGGGUGUGAAUCGCAAAUGUAUUUAUUAUUCAGCUUCU